UUGUCAAUAGAUAUUUUGCUACAUGUGUGUCGCGUGCUCACUUAUCAAGUAGCCAAGCGUCGUCAACCGUUACAAUCGGCCAUUGACAUUGGAGAGAAAGCCAACUAGCCAGUCAUAGGCAAAUGUGUUGCAUAUUAUUUUCGCAAAUAUCUACAAACUACAAGGCUAGGACCAAGUAGAGGUUGUCAAAAAGGAAGCUUCAAGAUCCUGAUAACAAACAAUCACCACCAUGCGUCGCAGAAGAUCAGCUUGUAGUGUCAACUCUGACAGCAGUGAGAUCGAUAUUGAUCUCUUAGCUGAGACAGAGUUGAGCAAACUCCAGAGACAGUUUCGCAUCAUGGAAGGAGACAGGCAGGCGUACAGCGUAGAAUCACAGGAUCUCAUUCGCAGACAGCUGAGGGAGAUCCAAAGGCUCCAUGGUGAACGCGAGGAACUUCUCCGUAGCCUGUGUAUCCCAUUUCGAUGCCGGGAUGACGCAGACGCCACGCAAAAUCUGAGCAGCAUGCUGGUGUACCGCGACAGGGUGGUGGAGCAGCUCGACUCUGAACAAGGGAAAAUGGCUUAUCUCAGACAGGAGAUUUUGACUUGGGAGAGUAAGCUGGCUGGCCAGAGGAGAGGGAGCACCACAUGCCACAGUCAGAAGUCGGAGGCAAACCAGACACAGAAGAACAGCCUCAUCCUGGAGAACAAACUGGACAGGGGUCGUGUUCGCUUCAACAAGAUUUUGGCCAAGAACGGGCAGCUGAGAGAGGAGCUGAAGAUCUUGCACGUGGAGAGGAAGCAGUUCCUCCACCUCUACUGCAGGAUGGAGAGGGAGCUGCAGGAGAUUCGCAAGAACAUCCGAGACAUGAUGGCUCAGUCCACUGCUGCUUUUGAGGCCAGAGUGGAGGCUCGGUGCAAACGGAUGCUGCUAAAGGAGAAAAAGGUGAAGGACCUGACCCAGUAUGGCACGGAGGUGAGCGAACUGCAGCGGGUCAUCUCCCACGACCACCGCCUAAAGACCUUCAUGAGCAUCAAGGGCAACGAGUCCAGCAGCCAGGAGGAGGGCGAGGACCUGAGCCGCAGACAGGUUGAGGAGAGGCAGCGCAGGAGACUGGGACUGGACACUCAGGGAGGGACUUUUGGGACUCUCGAUUCCUUGCAGGAGACCUUCCACAAGAUCCACUGUGUCACAGGGGAGGAGGACCUGCACAAGCUGGUGGGGACCUUCAUUCAGAUUGAAGACAAGAACUUUGCUUUGCUAAACUUUGUUAAUGAACAGAACAACGAAGCCGAGACCUUGAAGGACGAAAUCAACCAGAUCCGCUGUGAGAUGGAGGUGUUUUCCAGAGAGGAGCGCAGGCAGCAUGAGGAGCGCAGGGCCGUGCUUCGGGGGGUCAGUGUGCAGCAGCAGGCCACAGAGCAGCAGGUUGGGGGCUACCAGCAACGCAUCACCUCAGUGGGCAAGAUCCUCAACCAGCUCAAGACAGGAAUAGACAGUGUGUGCCACAACAUAGACUGUGACCGGUCAGUGAUCGAAGACAAGUUAGGCUCCUCGACCGGGAUCCGGGACAGCACCAUCAUGACUUACCUGGGAUUGGUGGAGCGCAGAACCAACGAGCUGCUGACUUUGCAGUCUUUCCUCAGCUCCAAGGACCUUGAUAAAGAUUACAAUCCUAGAAUGGUUGCCAGGCACCUCCUAGGGCAAAGUCCACCACUGCCUAGGCAAAACAAAACAGUUGAGCCUCCUACUUCUGGGGAUGACAAUGACCCAGAGGAGUCCCUGCUAAAAGACCAGUUGAAGCCCCUCUCCAAGGACGAGCUGCUCCCGCUGGUAAUGACGAGGAUGCAGAGGAAGGCAAAGAUCGUCCGACCAGAGGUCCGAAAAUCAGCAUCCAAACUCAGCGUUGUGGCCAGCAGAAUCCACCAUGGCUCCCUAAGACUCUGAACUCAUCAUCCCUUUAUGAAUAUUGAUUGGACACACAAACGGAAAUAGUUUAUUGACCUCAUCCCUGGUAGAUAGACAGACCUCAUCCUUGGUACCUUGACCUAGUCCCUGGUAGUCUGACCUCUUCCCUGGUAGUCUGACCUCUUCCCUGGUAGUCUGACCUCGUCCCUGGUAGUCUGACCUCGUCCCUGGUAGUCUGACCUCGUCCCUGGUAGUCUGACCUCGUUCCUGGUAGUCUGACCUCGUCCCUGGUAGCUGCAGACUGGGGGACCGCAGGAGGCCCACUCCUGUGGAAAGCAGCAUCACAGCCCUGCUUUCAUGAGCCAUUCAUAAUCUGUUACUUUUAUAAUGCUUCAUUAGUUGCAAAAUUGAGUUAAAAAGAACUGAAGUAUUCAUUAUUUGUUGACCAAAUAAAAUAUUGUCUGGUG